CUCAAAGUGGCUUACAUCAUUCUCCUCUCUUCCAGUUUAUCCUCAACAACAACCGUGUGAGGUUGCGUGUGUCCCAAGCGUCGCCCAGUGAGUUUCCGUGGCAAAGCGGGGGUUCCUAUCCACUCUACCCAGGGUAAAGUAAUGAAGAGAGACCUCCGCCCACACACAGAAGCAGCAAAAAGGCGAGCCGGUACGGGGUUCAUGAUCCGACCUUAUAGCCUGGUGGUGUCCCGCAAGAAUCCCAUGGACUACACAUACAGGAGCGGCAACAGCCCAAGCCCAACUACUCGGCCGACCAAAGACGGGCGAAGACACCGCGGUCUCAUCUGCUUUGUCCUUUGCGACUUGCCGUAGGGCGACCGGUGAAGCCCGAAGGGAGAAAACAAGAUGGCGGCGGCAGCGCUGAGCCGUAGCGCUGCAGGCUUUUUGAGAUCUUUCCGUUCUUUCGUCCCUUUGGCCUUUAAUGGCACUUGCAGUGCCCACCCAAUUUCUGGGCUGUCUACACUUUAUCUCAAGCCGGGGCUGUCAUUGGCAAUGUCUGCUCAAAAACCUAUUCUGUCUAUCGGCAACAUUCCUUGUGGACAUUCAGUCUCAAUUUUGAACAGCAUCAGACCCCUGCUACCAAGUAUCCUUCAUCAGCAAGUAAGGACUGUUACCAAAUUCAGCAAACGAAAAGGAAAAAGGAAAACUGUAAAAGCUGUGGUUCAUAGAUUUCUCAGAUUGCACUGUGGCCUUUGGCUGAGGAGAAAGGCUGGUUAUAAGAAAAGUCUGUGGAAAAAAACUGCUAGACGGAAACGUCGCUUGAGGGAACAAGUAUUUUGCAAUAAAACCCAGUCCAAGCUCCUUGAUAAAAUGACCACUUCCUUUUGGAAGAGAAGAAACUGGUAUACCAAUGAUCCAUUCCAGAAAUACCACGACCGAACAAAUCUUCAUUUCUAAACUGUCAAAUGUAUAUCAUUUCAUAUGACAAGUUCUUUGUAUGUUAAUCCAGAAAUAGUUCAUAUUGAUCACAUUUCCAUACAAGCAGAUACAAAAUUUUCAUUAAAAUACUUAUGCAAAUCAGACUAUUAGUUGUAUUUAAGUUUUAAUUUAUAGCUGAUGGAUGUAUUUUGUUAGCAAAGGUUAAUAACUGCUGAUUAAUGUGUAUUAUAUUUCUCUUGGACAGGCUUUUUGACAGGCAGUGUGAAUUAUAUUAUUCAAAGUGGUUUUAAAUAUUCACAGCUGUCCUGAAAUCUUAACUGUACAAAAUGGAAAUUGUAGCCUUGCUAAAUCCUAAUGUUCAGUAGAGUUGCAAAAUUUCAACAUCUAGUUUCAUCAGUUGUUUUCAAUAAAGCCUUCAAAGUUCUACA